GUGACGCCAUCUUUCCCGUGUGCUGCUGUUACGCGAGCGCGGAUUCCUCGCGCACACAUCCACUCAGCAGGGGCUGCCGUGCGCUGCAGGUCAUUCUCAAACGUUUUCUCAACGGAUUGUCGCAUUUUUUUCGGGUUGAGGUGUGGAAAGGCGACAGAGGAAUAUACAGCUUUUGACACAGAUUAGAAAGCUGUGUUUGGCUCUGAAAGGAUCAUGGCAACCCAAUCCGAUCUGAUGGAGCUCGACAUGGCCAUGGAGCCAGAUCGUAAAGCUGCCGUCAGCCACUGGCAGCAGCAGUCCUACCUGGACUCUGGUAUCCAUUCUGGUGCCACCACCACUGCUCCGUCCCUGAGCGGCAAGGGCAAUCCAGAGGAAGAGGAUGUGGAUAAUCAGGUGUUAUAUGAGUGGGAGCAGGGUUUUAACCAGUCCUUUAACCAGGAACAGGUAGCAGAUAUCGAUGGCCAGUAUGCCAUGACCAGAGCCCAGCGAGUCCGGGCAGCCAUGUUCCCCGAGACUCUGGACGAGGGCAUGCAAAUCCCCUCCACACAGUUCGACUCGUCCCACCCCACCAACGUCCAGCGCCUGGCUGAGCCCUCGCAAAUGCUCAAACACGCCGUGGUCAACCUCAUCAACUACCAGGAUGAUGCUGAACUGGCCACACGUGCAAUUCCAGAGCUUACCAAACUACUGAAUGACGAGGAUCAGGUGGUGGUGAAUAAGGCUGCUGUAAUGGUGCACCAACUUUCCAAGAAGGAGGCUUCUCGUCACGCCAUCAUGAGAUCUCCGCAAAUGGUGUCGGCCAUCGUGAGGACCAUGCAGAACACCAACGAUGUCGAAACGGCCCGUUGCACCUCUGGCACCCUGCACAACCUCUCCCACCACAGAGAAGGGCUACUCGCCAUCUUCAAAUCUGGAGGCAUACCUGCUCUUGUCAAGAUGCUCGGCUCCCCUGUGGACUCUGUACUAUUUUACGCCAUCACGACUCUACACAACCUGCUACUGCAUCAAGAAGGAGCCAAGAUGGCUGUGCGUCUGGCCGGAGGCCUGCAGAAAAUGGUGGCUUUGUUAAACAAAACAAACGUCAAAUUCCUCGCCAUCACAACAGACUGCCUUCAGAUUUUGGCAUAUGGCAAUCAGGAAAGCAAACUUAUCAUUCUGGCCAGUGGAGGCCCACAAGCUCUGGUCAACAUCAUGAGGACCUACACCUACGAAAAACUGUUGUGGACCACCAGUCGAGUGCUUAAAGUCCUUUCCGUUUGCUCCAGUAACAAACCUGCAAUUGUUGAGGCUGGUGGUAUGCAAGCACUCGGCCUUCACCUCACAGACCCCAGUCAGCGAUUGGUCCAGAACUGCUUGUGGACAUUGAGAAAUCUUUCAGACGCCGCCACCAAACAGACGUCUUUAGCAGAAGUAGAUGUGCAGGAGGGUAUGGAGGGUCUUUUGGGCACCCUGGUCCAGUUGCUCGGCUCAGAUGAUAUCAAUGUGGUGACGUGUGCUGCCGGAAUUCUGUCCAACCUCACGUGCAACAACUACAAGAACAAGAUGAUGGUGUGCCAAGUGGGCGGCAUCGAGGCGCUAGUGCGCACCGUCCUUCGAGCAGGAGACCGAGAGGACAUCACAGAACCGGCUAUCUGCGCGCUCCGUCACCUCACGUCCAGACACCAAGAUGCCGAGAUGGCCCAGAAUGCAGUGCGCCUGCACUACGGGCUGCCCGUGGUGGUCAAACUGCUCCACCCUCCCUCACAUUGGCCUCUUAUUAAGGCAACAGUCGGGUUGAUCCGUAAUCUGGCACUGUGCCCCGCAAACCAUGCCCCUUUGAGAGAGCAAGGUGCCAUCCCUCGUCUGGUGCAGCUUUUGGUCCGAGCCCAUCAGGACACACAAAGACGAACCUCGAUGGGUGGAACGCAACAGCAGUUUGUGGAGGGUGUGCGUAUGGAGGAGAUCGUGGAGGGGUGCACCGGAGCUCUGCACAUUCUAGCCCGAGACAUUCACAACAGAAUCGUCAUUAGAGGACUCAACACUAUUCCACUUUUCGUUCAGUUGCUGUAUUCUCCCAUCGAGAACAUCCAGCGCGUAGCUGCAGGUGUGCUGUGUGAGCUGGCGCAGGAUAAGGAGGCAGCCGAGGCCAUCGAGGCAGAAGGAGCCACCGCUCCUCUCACAGAACUCCUUCACUCCAGAAACGAGGGUGUCGCCACAUACGCUGCUGCAGUUCUGUUCCGCAUGUCUGAGGAUAAGCCUCAGGACUACAAGAAACGCCUGUCUGUGGAGCUCACCAGCUCUCUGUUCAGAACGGAGCCCAUGACCUGGAACGAGACUGGGGAUCUGGGGCUUGAUAUCGGCGCACAGGGCGAGCCUCUCGGCUACAGACCGGAUGACCCAAGCUACAGAUCCUUCCACGCCGGAGGCUACGGGCAGGACGCCAUGGGCUUGGACCCCAUGAUGGAGCACGAGAUGGCCGGGCACCACCCUGGACCAGAUUACCCCGUCGACGGUUUGCCCGACCUCGGCCACGCCCAGGAUCUGAUCGACGGCCUCCCGCCAGGCGACAGCAAUCAGCUGGCCUGGUUUGAUACUGAUCUGUAAAUACAAUGACUUUUUAGCUGUAUCGUCUGAUCUGAAUGAACCUGCAUUGUGAUUUCGGCCUGUAGAGUUGCUGAGCGGGCUCAAGAGAGAGUGGACUAGUUUCUCUGAAAGUGCCUGACACACUAAUACAAGCUGAGUUUCCUAUGGGAACACGUGGAAGUAAAACUUUUGUUCUGCUCUCGGUGGGAAAUUGGUGUGAUUGACAGAAGAAAGCCCAAAAAGCAAAUCCUAAGAUGGAAUUUUCGACCUUAGCCUUGCCUGUACUUUUUAUUACUUUUUUAUUUUUAAAGGAUAUUUCUGUCUGUAAUGGUACUUAUCUAGCUUGCUUUAUGAUACUCGUCUUUUAUUUUGCAGAACUUUGUAUUCCUUUCCACCGUCUCAUAGUGUUGAGUUAUAGUGCUAAUGAUCCAUGGAGAUUUUAUCAAGUUUAUGGUGUAGAACACUAAUUAAUCAGUUGAAUUGUAUUCUGAUCAAAUGUAACAUUGUGUAGCUUUUGUAUAAAACCAAGAAUUGGAGAAGUCCAAAUAUUCAGCUCUCUUGCUUUAAUAAAAUCAUGUUCCAAAGGGUUUGCAAUCAGUCGGGGCCAUUUUCUGUUUCUUUUUUUUUUCUCUUGUCUUGAUCUUUUGUUUCUUUUAUUUGAUGGUAGCUUUAGAAAGGUUUUGAAAAGAACCCCUAAUUAUUGUAGCCUGCAAUAUUGGUUGAAGACUUUGUUUUGACCUGGCUAAACAAUAAAAUGGACCUAAAUUUA